GUGGAGGAGGCGGAGGAGGGAGCCCGCGAGGGAGGGUCCGCCUGGCCCCCCGCCGCCGGAGCCGCCGCCGCCGCCUCAGCAGCCGCUGGACUAGGAGCAGGGGAACAUGGCGCCGGGGCCACCGUCGCUGCUGCUGGGAUCCCGGAGGCCGGGGCCACGCUGAGGGCGCCCAGCUGGAAGAAAUGUUGGCUAUUUGUCUAUGAGAAGUGGCGAAAACUGACUUCUUACUGGUAUAUAACACUAUGGGACCUGACACUUUGGCUGCGUGUGCAUCCAGCCCCCACUGAUAAUGUUGGAAGCUAUUCAUUCCACUGGAAAACACUAAUCUGAUCUCGGAAGUGGCUGAUCGUGGCAGGAUGUGUCGACGAUGAUGAUGGCAAGAAAGCAAGAUGUCCGCAUUCCCACCUACAACAUCAGUGUGGUGGGAUUGUCUGGAACUGAGAAGGAGAAGGGCCAGUGUGGCAUUGGAAAAUCUUGUCUGUGUAACCGCUUCGUGCGUCCGAGUGCUGAUGAGUUUCACUUGGACCAUACCUCUGUCCUCAGCACCAGUGACUUUGGUGGGCGAGUCGUCAAUAAUGACCACUUUCUGUACUGGGGAGAAGUUGGCCGCUCCCUGGAGGAUUGUGUGGAAUGUAAAAUGCACAUUGUGGAACAGACUGAAUUUAUCGAUGAUCAAACUUUUCAACCUCAUCGAAGCACAGCCCUGCAGCCCUAUAUCAAGAGAGCUGCUGCAACCAAGCUUGCAUCAGCUGAAAAACUCAUGUACUUUUGCACUGACCAGCUGGGGCUGGAGCAGGACUUUGAGCAGAAACAAAUGCCGGAUGGAAAGCUGCUGAUCGAUGGUUUUCUUCUUGGUAUUGAUGUUAGCAGGGGCAUGAAUAGGAACUUUGAUGACCAGCUUAAGUUUGUCUCCAAUCUCUACAAUCAGCUUGCAAAAACAAAAAAGCCCAUAGUGGUGGUCCUGACUAAGUGUGAUGAGGGUGUUGAGCGGUACAUUAGAGAUGCACAUACUUUUGCCUUAAGCAAAAAGAACCUCCAGGUUGUGGAGACCUCAGCGAGAUCCAAUGUAAACGUGGACUUGGCUUUCAGCACCUUGGUGCAACUCAUUGAUAAAAGUCGGGGAAAGACGAAAAUCAUUCCUUAUUUUGAAGCUCUCAAGCAACAGAGCCAGCAGAUAGCUACAGCAAAAGACAAGUAUGAGUGGCUGGUGAGUCGCAUUGUGAAGAACCACAAUGAAAAUUGGCUGAAUGUCAGCCGAAAGAUGCAGGCCUCUCCAGAGUACCAGGACUAUGUCUACCUGGAAGGGACUCAGAAAGCUAAGAAGCUGUUUCUACAGCACAUCCACCGCCUCAAGCAUGAGCACAUUGAGCGCAGGAGAAAGCUGUACCUGGCAGCUCUGCCGUUAGCAUUUGAAGCUCUUAUACCUAAUCUAGAUGAAAUAGACCACCUAAGCUGCAUAAAAGCCAAAAAGCUCUUAGAAACCAAGCCAGAAUUCUUGAAGUGGUUUGUUGUACUUGAAGAGACACCGUGGGAUGCCACCAGCCACAUCGAUAACAUGGAAAAUGAGCGGAUUCCCUUCGACUUAAUGGAUACCGUCCCUGCAGAGCAGCUGUACGAGACCCACUUAGAGAAGCUGAGGAAUGAGCGGAAAAGGGCUGAGAUGAGAAGGGCGUUUAAAGAAAACCUGGAGACCUCUCCUUUCAUAACUCCAGGAAAGCCUUGGGAAGAGGCCCGUAGUUUUAUUAUGAAUGAAGAUUUCUACCAGUGGCUGGAAGAAUCUGUAUACAUGGAUAUUUAUGGCAAACACCAAAAGCAAAUUAUAGAUAAAGCAAAGGAAGAAUUUCAGGAGUUGCUUUUGGAAUAUUCAGAAUUGUUUUAUGAACUAGAACUGGAUGCUAAGCCCAGCAAGGAAAAGAUGGGUGUCAUUCAGGAUGUUCUGGGGGAGGAACAGCGAUUUAAAGCAUUACAAAAGCUCCAGGCAGAACGUGAUGCCCUUAUUCUGAAGCACAUUCAUUUUGUGUACCACCCAACAAAGGAGACAUGCCCCAGCUGCCCAGCUUGCGUGGAUGCUAAGAUUGAGCACUUGAUUAGUUCUCGGUUUAUCCGACCAUCUGACCGGAAUCAGAAAAAUUCGCUCUCUGACCCCAACAUUGAUAGAAUCAACUUGGUUAUAUUGGGCAAAGAUGGCCUUGCCCGAGAGUUGGCCAAUGAGAUUCGAGCUCUUUGUACAAAUGAUGACAAGUAUGUGAUAGAUGGUAAAAUGUAUGAGCUUUCCUUGAGACCGAUCGAGGGGAACGUCAGGCUUCCCGUGAACUCUUUUCAGACGCCAACAUUUCAGCCCCACGGCUGUCUCUGCCUUUACAAUUCAAAGGAAUCACUGUCCUACGUAGUGGAGAGCAUAGAGAAGAGUAGAGAGUCCACGCUGGGCAGGCGGGAUAAUCAUUCAGUCCACCUCCCCCUGACGUUGAUUUUGGUUAACAAGAGAGGAGACACCAGUGGAGAGACCCUGCAUAGCUUAAUACAACAAGGCCAGCAAAUUGCUAGCAAACUUCAGUGUGUCUUCCUUGACCCUGCUUCUGCUGGCAUCGGUUAUGGACGCAACAUUAACGAAAAGCAAAUUAGUCAAGUUUUGAAGGGACUCCUAGACUCUAAGCGUAACUUAAACCUGGUCAGUUCUACCGCUAGCAUCAAAGACUUGGCCGAUGUUGAUCUACGAAUUGUUAUGUGUCUGAUGUGUGGAGAUCCUUUUAGUGCAGAUGACAUACUCUUUCCUGUCCUUCAGUCCCAAACCUGUAAGUCUUCCUAUUGUGGAAGCAACAACUCUGUUUUACUUGAACUACCAAUUGGACUACACAAGAAACGUAUUGAACUGUCCAUUCUUUCAUACCAUUCCUCGUUUAGCAUUAGAAAAAGCCGGUUGGUUCAUGGGUACAUUGUUUUUUAUUCAGCCAAACGCAAGGCUUCCUUGGCUAUGUUACGUGCCUUUCUUUGUGAAGUGCAGGAUAUCAUCCCCAUUCAGCUGGUGGCACUCACUGACGGCGCUAUAGAUGUCCUGGACAAUGACUUAAGUCGGGAACAGCUGACCGAGGGAGAGGAGAUUGCUCAAGAAAUUGAUGGAAGGUUCACAAGCAUCCCCUGUAGUCAACCCCAGCAUAAACUUGAGAUCUUUCACCCAUUUUUUAAAGAUGUGGUGGAGAAAAAGAACAUAGUCGAGGCUACUCAUAUGUAUGAUAAUGUCGCCGAGGCCUGUAGCACCACAGAAGAGGUGUUCAACUCCCCCCGGGCAGGGUCCCCGCUCUGCAACUCCAACCUGCAGGAUUCAGAAGAAGAUAUCGAGCCCUCAUCUUACAGCCUGUUUCGAGAAGACACAUCACUGCCCUCUUUAUCCAAAGACCAUUCUAAGCUCUCUAUGGAACUGGAGGGGAAUGAUGGGCUGUCUUUCAUCAUGAGCAGUUUUGAGAGUAAACUGAACAACAAAGUACCUCCACCUGUCAAACCAAAGCCUCCUGUCCAUUUCGAAAUGACAAAGGGGGAUCUGUCUUAUUUAGACCAAGGCCAUAGGGGGGAUGGACAGAGGAAGUCUGUGUCUUCUAGCCCCUGGCUGCCUCAGGAUGGGUUUGAUCCUUCUGACUAUGCUGAACCCAUGGAUGCUGUGGUUAAGCCAAGGAAUGAAGAAGAAAACAUAUAUUCUGUGCCCCAUGACAGCACCCAGGGCAAAAUCAUCACCAUUCGGAAUAUCAACAAAGCCCAGUCCAAUGGCAGUGGGAAUGGUUCUGACAGUGAAAUGGACACCAGCUCUCUGGAGCGUGGCCGGAAGGUUUCCAUCGUGAGCAAGCCAGUGCUGUACAGGACGAGAUGCACCCGGCUGGGGAGGUUUGCUAGUUACCGAACCAGCUUCAGCGUGGGGAGUGAUGAUGAGCUGGGGCCCAUCCGGAAAAAAGAGGAGGAUCAGGCUUCCCAGGGUUAUAAAGGGGACAACGCCGUCAUUCCAUAUGAAACAGAUGAAGACCCGAGGAGGAGGAAUAUUCUUCGAAGUCUAAGGAGGAACACUAAGAAACCAAAGCCCAAACCCCGGCCAUCCAUCACAAAGGCAACCUGGGAGAGUAAUUAUUUUGGGGUGCCCUUAACAACGGUCGUGACUCCAGAGAAGCCGAUCCCCAUUUUUAUUGAAAGAUGUAUUGAGUACAUUGAAGCCACAGGGCUGAGCACCGAAGGCAUCUACCGGGUCAGCGGGAACAAGUCGGAGAUGGAGAGUCUGCAGAGACAGUUCGAUCAAGAUCACAACCUGGACCUGGCAGAGAAAGACUUUACAGUGAACACUGUGGCUGGUGCCAUGAAGAGCUUUUUCUCUGAACUGCCAGACCCCCUGGUCCCCUACAACAUGCAGAUUGACUUGGUGGAGGCGCACAAAAUCAACGACCGGGAGCAGAAGUUACAUGCCCUUAAGGAUGUAUUAAAGAAAUUUCCAAAGGAAAACCACGAAGUCUUCAAAUAUGUCAUCUCUCACCUAAACAAAGUCAGCCACAACAACAAGGUGAAUCUCAUGACCAGCGAGAACCUCUCCAUCUGCUUCUGGCCCACCUUGAUGAGACCCGAUUUCAGCACCAUGGACGCGCUCACGGCCACGCGGACCUAUCAGACAAUCAUCGAACUCUUCAUCCAGCAGUGCCCCUUCUUCUUCUACAAUCGCCCCAUCAGCGAGCCUCCCGGCACCAUGCCCAGCUCCCCCUCGGCCAUGGCCUCCACCGUCCCCUUCCUCACCUCCACGCCUGUCACAGGUCAGCCGUCGCCCCCCCAGUCGCCUCCACCCACCCCCCAGUCCCCCAUGCAGCCACUGCUCCCCUCCCAGCUUCAAGCUGAACACACGCUGUGAGCCACUGAGGCCGGGGGCAACAGGAGAACCGGUCUUCUCUCUUUGGUGGGGUGGCAUCCAGCCUUGAACAAAACCGCGUCCACUGGGGCAGGGCGGGGCGAGCGCCCCUCUCCCCAUCGCGUGCUCAAGACCUCAGCGGGCUCCAGCCAGCGGUCUGCUGCAGGCGGGGCUGUCAGGUGCCCUGGCCCGGUGCUGCACACCCGGGGCUGGCUGCAGGCAGCGGCCGUGGGCCCUGCGCUUUGACUCGGACCCCUUCGAGGACUGAACUAGUCAGGCAGAGGUUCCACGUGCUCCCCGGACCACCUGCCCCGCCUGCCCGCCUGUCUGCGCACACCAGCCUCAGGGCGUCCACCCUGCUUGUACAGAGCCCCUCGCUGGGACAGUGCCCUGGCCUCUGCCGGGGGCGGAGGAUGGUCUGAGGUUCGGGCCUGCCCAGGACAAGGCCGGCAGCCCCUGAAGAGAACACUUCCCGUUGAUUUUGCCCGUCUCUUCUGCGCACACCCCGCAACAGGGAGCACAGCCUGGCUAGUGACCUCCUUCGAACACGCAGGCCAUGGCCCUGCCCCCCCAAGGUACAUGCGGAGGGCGUCGGCCCCGCACAUCAGCAACAGAAGGACAGCAUCAUGCCUGGACCGAGCGUGGCUUCCUCUCCAUCCAGCUCACGCGCGCGCACACACACACACACACACACACGCACGCACGCACACACACACGCUUCCGCAUACGUUCCCCUUAACACAAAGGAACACUGGAAGAAAAAUGGAAAAAAACCUCCGAUAAUUAUAAAGGAAGAAACCACAGAAAGAAAACUACAGACCUCAAGAUUCCAUUCCCCUCCCACCUCUGCUGGGAGGCAGGCGGGGAGGUGGCCCUUGUCUCUGUGACAGCAAGACUGGGAUGCCUAGGGCUGUGGCCUGAGAGCCUGUCGGGGUCCCACUUAGGUCUCGUCAUCAGAUCCCCUUUUCUCCAAGAAGACGAUGGAGCCCCUGGCGGGGAGGGCCGGGGCGGCGGGCGGGACACAGUGCAUGCGCGGCAACGCCGCUGGAGUGCGCGUGCGCGCCUGCGGGUGGGGACAGGUGGGGGUGCCGGGUGCCCUUGGGGCGUGGGUUAGCGUGUUUGGUGUUGGGUGGGAUCCUUGCACACCAGCUGUGGAAAGCCGCUAGCAGGGGUGUUUGUGGGGUGGGGGCUGGGUGGGGGCACUGUGGAGGACUGACGGCCCCCUGGCGCCCUCAUGGGGCCAUCCUGCCAUCCCACCACCCCGGCCCGGUCUUCCCCCUUGCCCUCUGCAUGCCCCACUCUGCCCCAGCACUGCGGCCUUGCUGGGCUGCGACAGACAGUGGCUGCCCCCACUCCUGACAUUUUCAUCCUCACAGCUGGGCAGUGGCCUCUGCAGCUAAGAAGCCUGACACUAAGGUACCCUGGGCUCGGGGCUCUUUGCACUUUAAAAAGCAGCAUCUGUGGUAUGUUGGGAGCGGCCUGAGCAAGCGGGCACCGCAGUCUCCGGGUGGCGGGCUGUCUCCAGUUGUCGCUGGGGGAGAAGGUGCAUGGAAACACUAAGCUACUCUCGCGCUCUGCCGCCUCUUUAAAAACACAAAUCGGAUGAGACCCGAGGCCCGGGCGUGUUUUGUGUAAAUGUCGGAGGAUGGACUUUCUCUCUUCCGGUGAUCUGUGCCUGGCCGCAGGUCUGGGCUCGGCUGCAGGGGAUGUCUGGGGUUAGUUGUGGCUGAGGUUGGCGGACAUCAUCUCGUUCUCAGACUCCCCCACCCCGAGCCCGCAGCCGAUGAAGAAAUUGCUCCAUUUCACCUCUGCCUUUCUCUGGUCGCACUACCCAGUCAGCCCUUUGAGGAGUUGGGGUGGAAGGGAAACCACUCGGGUGGCGUGGGGCCAUCGCUGUGUGAACAGAGGGAAAAGUAGCCCAGUCCCCGCCCGAUGCCCGGGCUAAUACUCCGCCACCUGGUGCUGGCACGCUGGGCCGGGCCACCCCUGACAUUGCACGUGUGUGUUCGUCAUCGGCGAUGGCUCUGGGUGUGUGAGGGCAGCGCAGUGAGGACCCCUGUGCUUUGUACCCUACCCUUGGGAAAGGACCGGAAACCAGGCUUGGGGGGGCCCCAGUGUGACAGCGCCCCCGUCAGCCAGCGUGGGCGGAGCCAGGGCCACACGCACCAGCCCGCUGUCCAGGCCUGCCAGGGCUCGGUGCCCGGGCAGCUCCAGGGCUCCUCUCGUCCCUGCUCACUAGCUCUUCAGGCUCAUUGCCCGCUUCUCCGGGCUGAGGGACUGACUGUAGGACGUGUCAGUUGUUUCCUAAUUGUCAUUGCUAGUGGCGCCAGCGCUGGGCCUGGGUCCCGCUUCUAGACAGGCCAGCAUGCGGACCAAAGGGGCACUUGGAUGGGACCCACGCAGAGACUAACGCCCACCCCUCUCCUCAUCCGGGGCUUUCGCUCUGGAACGUGCUUUCCCAGGGGAGCGGCACGUGUCUCACAUCUGGGUGGCGGGCACUGGCCUCGUCCACAUGGGCAAGCAGGCGACCCCGCCCGGCGGAAGCACAGACAUCAUGCUCGCCGGAAGUGGCAGCCCUCCAUGGUGGGCUUAAGACUGCCUAUGGCUCUGUGACACCCAAUGGUGACACAGAGGACGGGGAGCCAAGGUUAGGUGGCAUGGCUUGUGUCGCCCAUUGGGUGUCUCACAGCAUGCAUUCUGCAUUCUGUCACGCUGUUCUUCCCGUCACUAGACGUCUGCAGGAGGAACGCGGAGCUUCAGAGCUCCUGUUUCCUGUUCUCUCGGCUGCACAGAUUUUCCCUUGGAUUUUCUUCCUGCUUAAAAGGAAGUGUGCUGCCGGGAGAGACGGUCCCGGCAGAACGUCUGUCUUUGCACAGUGGACAGAGGAUGACAUCAUAGGAGCCCUCCUUCCCCACCCCUGCGGGCCGCUCCUGCUGGCCUUGGGGAGGGGGGCCUUGGUCCGGGUCUGGCUGCAGCAUCUCAUUCUCAGAUGUCAUCUCCAGCUGUAUCCCACUCCUGUCCCCUCCUGUGAGAAGAAGGGCACUGCUUUGGGGGCAUUGGCUAGAAAAAGUAGUGAUCGGUGGCAGAGAAAGGCCCCCGCCGUGGAGGGCCGGUUCUGCCGGUCGCUGCUUUUCCAAGAGGGCAGCUGCGGGGCCUCGGGUGAGUUGCCGGGGGGAUCCGGUGUUCAGUCACCCCAUAACUCACGUGCCGUGGGGGCGUCUGCCUCGAAGCUCGGGCUGUGUCCAGGGGAUGGGACGUGGCGCAGGAAGGGCUGGGCACGGGCGGAGUCUGUGCUUGUGGCGGGGCCGGGCUGCUGGGUAGGUAGAGUGCGAACCGGGUCACCUCUGGCCCUGCGCUGCUGGAGAAGGUCCCUCGAGCCAGGCCCUCCCCACCCCUCUUGCAGCCGUCUCUGGGCCCUGCCUCCACUCCCCCCAUCAGACGGACACGGACAUGCUGCACUUCACUGUAGUCGAGACAGGGCGUAAGUUAUUGUUUGCAUUAAAAAGAAUCAUGUCCCCUAUGUACAUUUAAGGAAAAAAAAAAAAACAAAAGGAAAUGUCUCAGAAUUGUAUGGGAAUAAAACUUGUUUGAAAAUUUGGAAUAGUGCUGCUGCCAGCUUAUUUUUCUGGUACUUGUAUUUUCACAUGUUAAAUGAUCUUUAUAUAUGUUGAAUUAACAAAUAUUUUCGGUUUCCUGAGAAAAACAAAAACAUAUUAAUGGUAUUGAAAUGUGUUAGUAGUCUGGCUGUGUGCCCAAGAUUCUGUUUCGCAGCAAAAGUGGAGAACUGUAUGUAAAGAAAGUAUAACAAUUAUUUCUUUGUAUUUUAGGGGCUUUAACCAGCACAUCCUCUAGUUGGUGUUAGGAAUGUUUGCUUAAUUUCCAGACUUUUUUUUUUUUUUUAAACACGUCGUGGGUUUUUUGAGGCUCCAACCUGAUUAGUGCAUGGCCGGCCCUCAACCUGAGGCUGAGGCAUCUCUGACUGAGGUGUUUUCGUUUGGUUUUGUUUUUUAAAAUCAUGUAUUUGCUACAAAGUAUUGUACUUGUCUCCAUGGGAAUGGUGUAAAAAACUGAAAAGGCCUUAUGUGAUAUGUAUCAUAGUUAAUAAAUCAAUCUUGUAAAAAACCAAA